AUGACCAACUUCGAGAAAUCGGUCAAGGGGGCCACAAAGCUCAAGCUCGCGGCCCCUAAAUCCAAAUACGUUGAAAACAUCCUGGUGGCGACCCAUACUGGCGAGGCGGGCGUUGCCGAGGUGUUCCGAACAUUACAACACCGACUUCGCGAUUCAGCAUGGACAAUUGUCUUCAAGGCUCUUAUAAUUGUGCAUCUCUUGAUCCGAGAGGGCCAACAGGAUGCGGCCUUGACAUAUCUCUCCGACAACCCGAAGAAGAUCGCACCCAGCAACUUCUCCGAAGCCCAGUCACAGGGACGCAAUAUUCGCCGCUAUGCCGAGUAUCUUAUCACUCGCGCAAGAGCGUUCGAAGCCACUCAGACGGAUUAUGUACGGAACGGACCGGGGCGCCUGAAGCGAUUAAGCGUGGAAAAGGGUCUUUUGAGAGAAACGGAAUAUGUACAGAAGCAGAUCCGUGCGCUGUUGAGGGCUGAUUUAUUGACGGAUGAGCCCGAGAACGAGAUUAGCUUGACUGCAUUUCGCCUCUUGACCCUCGAUCUCAUGACACUGUAUUCGGUCAUGAAUGAGGGUACCAUCAACGUCCUAGAGCAUUACUUCGAGAUGUCAAGACCGGAUAGCGAACGUGCAUUGGCCAUCUAUAAGACAUUUACUAAACAGACGGAAGAAGUGGUGGAAUUUCUGGGCGUCGCCAGGCAUUUCCAGUCUGCCACCCGUUUAGAGAUUCCGAAUCUCAAGCAUGCCAACACCAACCUGGCGCGCCUUUUGGAAGACGACUUGAAUGACCCGGACUUUGAACUACGCCGUCGAGAAUAUCUGGCCCAGAAAGGAAUCAAGAAAGAUCUAGAUGGACCGUCCUCGGCAGCAACCUCUUCGGCCGCACCUAAGCCAGCUGCCACAUCUGCGUUUGACCCACCCGCGCAAGCCCCGGCCCAGAAACCCCAGCAGCAGAAGCCGCCACCAACGGAUCUCAUUGAUUUCUUCGAUUCGAUCGAAGGAAACCAACAGCCGAUGGCUCAGCAGAAUCCGGUGCAAUACCAACAAACGGGCUUUCAGCAGCAGCCCCAGCAGGCAUUCUACCCCCAGCAAACUGGGUUCCCGCAGCAGCCCCAGCCGCAGCAACAGCAGCCGCAGCAACCUCAAAUGACAGGAUACGGCCUACAAAACCCAUAUGGAGGCUUCCAGCAACAGAAUACUGGAAAUCCCUUUGGACAACAGCAAGCGCAACAGCAAGCACAACCGCUCCAGGCCACACCUACAGGGGCAGGAUUCGGGGGAUACACUCCCCAGCCUCAACAAUAUGGAUAUCAAUCGCAGCUAGCACCUGUCCCUCAGAACGGCGUUCCCUCAUUCCCCCAGCAGCAACAACCACCUGUGGCAAAUCAGUUGCAGCCGCAGACCACCGGAACGAAUCCUUUCCGGCAGUCGAUGAUGCUUAAUGCAACAACUACUGGCAAUGGGGCGGCCCCGGCAAGUCCACUACAAAGGCAGAACACGAAUCCGUUUGCGAAGCGUCUCUCUGUUGCUCACCAGCUCAAUGCACCCCCGACUGAACCGGUCCCACCAGUUCCACAGCAGCCACAACAGCCGCAAGCGCUUCAGCCGCAGCGAACGGGAACUAAUCCGUUUGCUCGGAGCUCGUCCAGUCAGUUUAUCAAUCAACAGACUGGCCAGGGCUGGCAGAGUAGCGGACAGGCCGGUACAAUGGGUGGCUUAGAACAAAUGGGCACGGUUCCUGUCUUCCCACGACCGGGGAUGAUCUGA